CACAGCAAGCGCAUCCUUUUCAGUCACGUGAUAGAGGAAAAAAGAAAAAAAAGGAUAAAGAAGUCGAAGUAAAAAAACAAUAAAAAAACGGGAGAUUAUAAAGCAGGGCUGAAAGAGUCGUUGCAUUCGCAGCCAGGUGAGUGAAAACUGGUGUCAACAGUGAUCACAGCUCUGUUUUCUUUGAGGAGGUGGGGGAUCCAGAUGUGCUGGGAGCAGUGGAUGGAUGUCAUCUGUGUCCGAGAUAAACACGUAAACUUGUAGGGGAGAAGAUGAAGCUGAAUGAGCGCAGUGUGGCUCACUAUGCCACCUGUGACACACCGCCGGACAAAACGGGCUUCCUGUUCAAGAAGGGUGAGCGCAACACCGCUUACCACCGGCGCUGGUUCAUCCUGAAGGGCAACAUGCUCUUCUACUUUGAGGAGCGUGACAGCCGAGAGCCUAUCGGAGUCAUCGUUCUUGAAGGGUGCACAGUGGAGCUGUGUGAAUCAGCCGAGGAGUUCGCCUUCGCUAUCAAGUUCGACUUUGCCAAGGCGCGGGUGUACAAGAUGGCGGCUGAGAACCACGCAGCCAUGGAGUCGUGGGUGAAGGCGCUGUCGAGGGCCAGCUUCGACUACAUGAGGCUGGUGGUGAAGGAGCUGGAGAGGCAGCUGGAAGAGAUCCAGGAGGCUGCAGGAGGUCCGCAGGGCAGGCCCAAAUCUACCCGGAGAAAUCAGAUAGCACGGUCCAAGUCUGGAUCAUCUUCUUCCUCGUCAUCUUCAUCUUCCCUAUCAUCAUCAUCAAGUGCCCCUUCAAUGACAGCCAUCUUCUCUGCCCAGAAAAGCCUCCAGGAUGAGGUGCAGUUUUCCUCUGGGAGCUCCAGGGAGAACGGAGUAGCGUGGAGUAAACCACCAGCUGCCUUGGCUAACGGCUCCUCUGAGGGGGUGUCGUCCUGCAUCGCCUGGGAAGGCAACGCUGACUCUGGGAAUGGAACUGGCUGCGGGGCAGAUGGAGUGAGGGCUCCGCCGGUGCCACCGCGUAGGAUCGGAGCGUCGCUGGAGAGCUCGGUCUCCCCUGACACCGGCUACUUCGCCAAACUCCACGACUGGUACGGCAGAGAGGUCGAGGAACUGAGAGCGCAGUGGCUGCAGAGCCAGUAAUCUCUCCUUCCGUUCCUUUCUGAUCAUUCAGCAGUGCUUUCUGAAAACGACCAGACAAAAACUCACGACUGCAAAUCUCAGUCUUACAGUUAAAA